AUGUCUUUGCACUGGAAGAAUCCUCAGGGCUCAGAUGCAAUGCCCAAAAUCAUGGUGAAAAUCAUUGGAGGUAAACAUUUUCGAUAUCUCGCAGAGAAGCCGAACAUCAAGGAGAAUGUGAACUUGAAAGAACAAGCAACACCACAGGAACUCAGGACUGCUAAUGUGAAGCAGAUGAGCAGAGAACCCGGAGCUCAGUCGAAUCUCACUGAUCAACAAACCAAUUCCAACCCAAAUUGCGUGGAGGAAAGUACUCACCUAGAGGAUAAUGAGAAACUGCAGACAGUGGCACACUGCAGUGGAUUCCUGGAUGGCAAAGUUCCCAGUUGGGGAAAUGUCCAUUGCAGCUCCGUGCCAACUGGAGACCAGUCUCUAUCCUAUGUGCAUGGCCUCCCCAGAAGAAAGCUUAAAGAGUUGUCUUUGGGACAUAUGGCAGUAGAUGGCUCUAACCAAUCUGAGGAAAUUGGCCAGAAGCCAAGUGGAAUCUCAAAAGAAGACACGUUUCUUCUUGCCAUGCUCAGAAGAGAACUCAAGUCACACCGUUUGAGCGCCAGCUACUUAGAUAAACUUCAGAAAGAGUUGGAGACCCUGGACCCCACCUCUUCAGGGUUUCUUCUCCAAUCUCAGCUGAGCUGCCUAUUCCUGAGGCAUGAAGUCCCUCUGCAGUUACCAACAGUCAACAUUCUUUGCCAGAGAUUUUCCAGGAGGGGCUCCCAUGAAAUGGUGAAUUAUGGAAAACUACUCUGGUUUUUAAAAGAUGUAGUUUCCAGUGGUCCACCAGCGAAUCAAGUGGAUGCAGACAAUCACAGGUGGACAACUCUGAGCCACAGCAAACACAAGCAAAGUCCUCCACCUCAAGACUCCAGCUCACAGGCAGAGGUGAACCAGGACCUGGUUGAGGUUUUGAAGAUGGCACUAAGGACAGCCAGUGGUAAACUCAACAUGGAGAACCUCAGUCUGAGUUUUCGAAAAGAAGAUCGCUCCUUCUCUGGCUGCCUCCCCCCACCCAAGAUCAGGGCUCUAUGUGGGAAGCACGGCUUAUAUCUGACAUUGAGCCUUCUGGAAACAUUGCUUACUCGUCAAGAUCUGGGAUACCAAGAUGAAAUAAGAUGGCAGAAAUUUGUGGAGCUGCUAAGCAGAGCCUCUUCUGAUUUAUUGUCCGAUUUGCCUACAGGGAAGUAUGAAAAAGAAGCCCCAGCCACUCCAGUAGAGGAUGAAGUCCCUGGGACUGAACAUGUGAAAACUCCAGAAGAGGAGUUGCAGCCAGAAAACCCUCCCGCUGAGAUUCCAGCCUCUGAGGAUCCUCUGAACUCUUGGAAGAUCCAACCAACCUCUCAGCCUUCCACAAGCCCACCUAUGAACAAUGAGGCUGAGGAAUGUGAGACGUGGAUCGACAGGUUCAGGAAACUCGAAAACGCUCUCUACUUAUGUGAUCUGAGCAACACAGGAGUCCUGGAGAAGGAACGAGCCAAACGCCUCAUUCACAACUACAAUCUCAUUUACAACCUGUCCCUGAGCCCUCGGAAAAUCGACCAGGCCUUGCAGAGGUUCCGUUCUGGAGAAAAUAUGCUAUUGGAGCCAGCUUUGCAGUACUUGAAGGAGUUAUGA